GAAAAUGACAAAUAUGAUCAAGAAUAAUGGGAAAAUGUAGAAAUUUUAUUUUACGCAAAUGAGAUAUAGUUUAAGAGUUCCUAGCCUUGUCAAUGGAUGCAUAAAAAUGGGAUUUUUAUUGCUCAGUGCCAUCCUCCCUGCAAGUGGUUUCAGAUGAUGAGGGAGGACGGUAAUGGAGAGGCCGAGAGGGAGGAGGAAGAGAAGAAGAGCUGCUCUCUGGGUCUCUGUGGCGGCGGCGGCGGCGGGGGGUGUUCUGUUUCACCAACUCCGGCCACGAAGAUGAGGAUGGAGAGUAGCGGCGGCGGGGGGCGGGUAGACCAGCCGCCACCCUUCUCCGACCAGGUGCUGGAGAACGUUCUAGAGAACGUGCUGGAGUUCCUGACCUGCCGCCGCGACCGGAACGCGGCGUCGCUGGUGUGCCGGUCGUGGUACCGGGCGGAGGCGCAGACCCGGAGCGAGGUCUUUAUCGGCAACUGCUACGCCGUGUCGCCGAGCCGCGCCGUCGAGCGGUUCCGCGCCGCCCGGGCGAUCGUCCUCAAGGGCCGUCCCCGCUUCGACGAUUUCAACCUAAUCCCUCCCGGCUGGGGGGCAAGUUUCUCGCCCUGGGCGACCGCCAUGGCCGCCGCUUACCCCUGCCUCGAGCGGGUUUGCCUCAAGCGCAUGACCGUCUUCGAUGCCGAUCUCGCCCUCCUCUCCCGCUCCUUGCCCUCCUUCCGCGAUCUCACCCUCAUUUGCUGUGACGGAUUCGGCACCUCCGGCCUCGCCACAGUCGCCGAGCUCUGCAGGAACCUGAGAGUGCUAGAUCUGAUUGAGAACGACGUGGAGGACGAGGACGAGCAGGUCGUGGAUUGGAUUUCGAGGUUCCCGGAGACGAGCACCCGCUUGGAGUCGCUCUCAUUCGAGUGCGUGAAUUGUCCAGUCAACUUCGCCGCCUUGGAGGCUCUCGUCGCUCGAUCCCCUUCCCUACGGCGGCUGCGGCUCAACCAGCACGUCUCCGUCGGCCAACUCCGCCGCCUCAUGGAGCGGGCGCCGCAGCUCACCCAGCUCGGCACCGGCUCCUUCAACUCGGUGCCCGCCGCUGCCGGCGAAUCUGACCUUGACGCCGCCGACCUGGAGUCGACUUUUGCCGCCUCCAAGUCGCUUGUUUGCCUGUCGGGAUUCCGUAUGCCAGAGCCUGAGUACCUUCCGGCCAUCUUCCCCGUCUGCGCCAACCUCGUCUCCCUCAACUUGAGCUACGCCAUGUUCACUGCUGAACAGCUUAAGCCCGUCAUUAUCCAUUGCCACAAUCUCCAAACCUUCUGGGUUCUCGACACCGUAGGCGACGAGGGUCUCCGAGCAGUAGCUAAGAAUUGUAAGAAACUUUCAGAGCUUAGAGUAUUCCCUUUGAAUGCCUCAGAGGAUUCUGAGGGCUCUGUCUCUGAUUCUGGCCUCGUUGCCAUCUCCGAGGGGUGCCGGAAGCUUCGAUCAAUUCUAUAUUUCUGUCAACGAAUGACGAAUGCCGCUGUCGUGACGAUGUCCAAGAAUUGCCCUGAUCUAGUCGUGUUCCGACUCUGCAUCAUGGGAAGGCAUCGUCCCGAUCAGCUCACUAGAGAGCCCAUGGAUGAGGGUUUCGGAGCUAUUGUAAGGAACUGCAAGAAGCUAACUAGACUUGCUGUUUCUGGCCUCCUCACUGAUAAGGUUUUUGAGAACAUUGCACGGCAUGGGAGAUUAGUUCGGACUCUUUCGUUGGCAUUCUCCGGGGACAGUGAUUUGAGCUUGAAGUAUCUCUUUGAAGGGUGCCCCAAUCUGAAAAAGCUCGAGAUCAGGGAUAGCCCUUACGGUGAUGCAGGUCUCCUAUCCGGCAUCCACCAUUUUUACAACAUGAGAUUCUUGUGGAUGUCUUCGUGCAAGCUGUCUUCAAGGGGCUGCAAGGAAGUAGCUCGGAGGCUUCCUCACCUGGUGGUGGAAGUAAUUGGGGACAUGCCUGAGGACCUUCAUAGCGAUGCCGUCGAGAAGUUGUACUUGUACCGAUCCCUGGAUGGCCCGAGGGAAGAUGCACCACCUUUUGUUAAGAUCUUGUAAGAUGGAAUUCACCAUUUCUUUUUGUAGUUUGGCACAGGAGGUUUACUCCUUGUCGAAGGAAUCUAUGAUGCCAUGAAGCUAAAAGUGUGUGAAUUUAGCCGGUGGCUUUCGUAAUUCGCCAAAUCUUUAUUCGUGCACGAUACGAAGAACAGAUAGUUUCAGUUUUUCAGAUGGUGUAUUUGUGCUUAUGACUGGUUUGUAGAA